CAGCUGACACCCUCUGCUAUGCUUUUUUAGCCGAGUCGUCAUGGAUUAAAUUUAGGGGAAACCGGAGGACUAUCGUCCCUGUUUCGACCGAGAAUGGCAACUUGACAGUAGAAGCUCACUGACACCAUGGACACGACACUGCACUACACGUCCGUCAGUCACGCUGACUCGCUGAUGGGCGCCAUCAACAAGAUGAGGCUCAACUCAGACCUCUGUGAUGUGGCUGUUGUCAUCGGAAACUUUCGGAUUAUGGCUCACAGAAUUAUUCUUUCUGCAUCCGCACCAUAUUUUUAUCAGCUCUUUCAGCCAUGUCACCUACAAGCCUCCCUUAAAGAAUAUCACUUGGAUGAUAUUGACGAGACGGCCGCCUUAAAAAUCAUUGAGUUCUGCUACACGUCCGCCAUCUCGCUUGACGACGACAUCGUCUGGCCACUCCUUAGUGCCGCUGACAAGCUGGACUGCGCUGAAAUCUCACAGCUGUGCUGCGACUAUUUGUCUUCCGCCCUGGAUGCCACAAGUUGUCUUCCCAUGCACAAAAAGUCGCUGCAGUUCAACUGUUCUAAGAUGUUAGACAAGACCAGUCAGUUUAUAGCCGAUCAUGCGGAACAGCUGUGUGCCAGCCCCACCCUCCACUGUCUGGCGCCACAAGAGCUGGUCACUCUACUGACCAGUCUGAGAGAUGUGUCCUGGGAGGAGGACAAGUUGUUGCCCUUUGCUGUUGCCUGGCUGGACAGGAAUGGUGGGAGGGGUCAAGUUGUCCGUCAGUUGGUGCAAGAGUUUCCAGAUUUAUCAGACAAACUCCAGCACUUUCUGCGUGCUGAUGGUAACAUGGAGGUGAACGUUCUAGAGAACUCACACAUCACUGACAAUUUUGGUCAAGUGCUGACCUACAGUCACGCCAUCGCUCCGGGUCCUCUUCUCUCUGACCUCAGUGGGGUCAUGGAGGCGCCACUGCAUGUCUGUGUCUCCUGCGGAGAUGCCUUCGACACGGCGGGCGGUCUGUCCUGUCACAUGCAGGUCUGUGAGGAACUGGUUCAGACCAGCAAGGAAAGACGCGGAGUCAGUGAGUCACCCCAACUACACACCACCAAGGGAAGAUGCGGAGUCAGUGAGUCACCCCAACUACAGGCCAGCAAGGAAAGACGCGGAGUCAGUGAGUCACCACAGCAUGAAGGUGUUGACUCUGUAGACAGCUGCAGGACCAAAGACAGCGCCAACGCUCCAGGUUCCUGCCUGUCUGACACACCAGAGAAAGGAAAAACUGUUGCGGGGGGUUGUGGUGAGGGUGUGGAAGUUGGUGUGGCUGUGGUAGAUAAGCUAGACGACUCUCAUUUAGCUAAUACACCUGGAUUAACUAAUCCAAGUAAUCCAUUGAGAUUAACUAACCCAAGUAUAGUAGCUGGUUCAGCCUAUCCUGGUGACUUAUGUAACAAAUUAAAUCCUGUAACAAACAGUGGCAUGGGGGUGUCACUGUCCGGUGGUGAUGUCACAGUUUUCCCAUCUGACAGUGACAAAGACAUCAUUAAUAGCCAGGGUGUCAAUGACACCAACAAUAAUGACAUUAAUGACAUACCCAGCGGUGACGAUGACUGCCAAGACAACAGUGACGAUGCUAACAUCGAGAUUGACGUCGUUAAUGAUGAUGGGGAAAGUGAUAGCCAGUCCCCUCACAGCCAGUCCCCCCACAGACAGUCCCCUCACAGACAAUACCCCCACAGACAGUCCCCCCAAAGCCCCUCCCCCAUGAAACAGAAUUAUAUUAGUUAUAUGACACCUAUGGAGGAAACAUUUACAUGUAAGAUAUGUAAGCAGGAGUUCUGUAAGCGUAAGUCCCUGGCCAAACAUUGGAGAGUUGUACACGGCUUACAUCAGGACACUCAGGGAGGGGGGGAGGAUUGCUCAGACCAGGAGGGAGGGGAUGACGUGGGUGAGACUAAGAAGCUGAGGACAGAUGAGGUGGGUCAGCUGGAGGGGUCAUGUGACCCCCAGUCCAAGAUGGAGGCGCUGGACCCCCAGUUCCUGAUGGAGCAGUACCUUAAGCAGUACAGCCAGUUCACCAGGUGGUACGUGGAGCACGGCCUCAUGUUCUGCCCUCUCUGCCUCGUCUACCAUGCCAAGGGCAGCACGUGCCCUCGGGCAGACGCUGCGCCAGACGGCCAGGUGAAGCAGGUGCUAAGCAGACGUGAGGACGACCAGAGCAACUGUAAAGACGAGGACGGUCCGCUGGACAUGAGUAAAACUUCGCCAACUUUUUCUUCCCCCCAGUCCAGUCACAUUGGAGCCCAGCCAGGGGCAAAUAACUCUUCUGCCUAUGUGUCAUCUCCCCUUGAUAUUUCUUCCUACUACACAUACGCCCAUAUGUUGGCUACAGCAGGCAGCAGUGACAGCGUGGACAGGAACCAAUACAGCCUGUUUUACCCUGAUACCCAGUCGGUGUUGAGAUCCAUGGAUUUUGCUGGAGAAUCCAUCUACAAUCCAUAUCACCGGAAUUCUUUGUCAUCCACGUAUCCACUGAGUUUAGUGUCCGAGGCCCGCACAGACUCCCCCAGUGUGUCCAGGUACCCAGCCACCCCCCAGGACUCCGGGCCCAUGUACAUGGCCGCCCCCCCAGGUCCACAGAAAAGGAAACUGACGUCCCGUCAAGGCUUCCCCUGCACUGUCUGUGGUAGGGUCUUCUCGUACCAGGCUGCUCUCUUCACCCACAUGCGCACGCACUCGCCAUCCAGCCGCACGUACGAGUGUCACCUCUGUCACCAGGUGUUUGCGCAGGCCCCAGACCUCAAGGUCCACGUAUGCCCCAAUGGCGUGGAGAAGCCGUACAACUGCUCCAGCUGCGGCCAGACUUUUGCCAAGAACAUCCACCUGAAGCGCCACCUGGCCACCCACUCUGGACUCAAACCCUACCCCUGCUGGGUCUGCGGCAAACGCUUCAGUCGCAGUGACCACCUGAAGCGCCACACCCAGAGCAUCCACGCGGGGUCAAGGCCACACGGCUGCCAUCUUUGUGAGAAGGAGUUUGUCAGGAAGUACGAGCUGAACAAGCACAUGCUCACCCACAGCGUGGAGAAGUUGGGGGCGGAGGGGGAGCAAAACUCUGGCGCUGGCAUCACACAGGACCUUUCUGGAUGGAGCACGGAGCCAGGUGUCAAAAGUUGA